AAGUUGGCCUACAACAAAUGCUCGGCUCAUUGCCAGGCCGGAUUCCUCUUGCUGUCGUUGGUCACCCUAUCCAGCUCAUCCGCACGCAUCCCCUCGUCUCCUUCUUUUCCCUUUUUACUAUAUAUUUAUUUCUUCUUUCCCAAUAUUCCUCCACAGCUCCACUGUUAUGAAUACCCUUCUUCAUCUCAUCGAUCAAUACUUGAGAUAAUAAUUUUUAAUAAUAACCUUAACCGGGCGGCAACCCAUCAUGGAUCCCUGUCCUUUCGUGCGAAUCAACAUCGGGAACUUGGCGCUGAAGUUUCCGUCCCAAUCAAAACCCCCGCCGGCGGAUUCUUGCUACUGUAAAUUCAAGCUCUGCGGCGGCGGAUUCGCCACCCAGUUCUCAACGGUGCCGGUAAUCCACGGAGAAUCCGACGCGGCUGUGGAGAGCCGGAUUCACACGUGCUACACCCUGAAAAAAUCCGAUCUUGAGAAGCUGAACGGGAAGGGGAGAGCGACUUGUAGUCUGAAAAUCGAUGUUUUCUCUGAAAGGGGCGCUGUAGGGUGCGCGCUUCUGAAGGGCGCGAAGCGAUUGGGCGGCGCCGUCGUGAAUUUGGAUUUGAAGACGAUUGCGUCGGCGGUUAGCAGCAGAGGCGUUCUGUUUCAGAACGGGUGGGUGGCGAUUGGCGGUUCUACGGCUGCCCAGCUUCACGUUAAUGUGCAGUCGGAGCCCGACCCGAGAUUCGUUUUCCAGUUUGACGGAGAACCCGAAUGUAGUCCGCAAGUCUUUCAGGUCAACGGGAAUGUCAAACAGCCCGUUUUCUCUUGCAAGUUCGGCCUCCGAAGCGGCGGCGAUUGGAAUUUGAGAUCCAGAUCUUCACUUUCAGAACAGAGCACUUCAACGAGCUGUUUUAGUGGUUCAGGGGAGAAUGGGAAACCUAUAAAAGAGCGAAAAGGAUGGUCAAUCACUAUCCACGACCUUUCCGGUUCGCCGGUGGCCGCCGCAUCCAUGGUGACGCCGUUCGUUCCUUCUCCGGGCAGUGACAGAGUCAGCCGGUCAAACCCCGGCGCCUGGCUCAUUCUCCGGCCCGGACAGGGCACUUGGAAGCCGUGGGGCCGCCUGGAAGCGUGGCGGGAGUGCGGCGCCGGCGAUUCUCUCGGCUGCCGGUUCGAACUUAUCCCCGACGGGAUAACAGACACCGUCACGCUGGCGAAUUCGACGAUCAAUAUGAAAACCGGCGGCUGCUUUAGCAUAGAUAUUAUGAAUGGGCCGACGCCGUUGACGAGCCCAAGUAGCAGCUUCGAUUUCAGCUCCGGGUCGUGGUCUGGAACUGGGUCGGAUAUCGGGUCGAAUCACGGGUCCGGGUCAUGGGCGCACCUGUUUUACAGAGGGUUCGUGAUGUCGGCGGGAAUGGGCGGCGACGGGAAGUGCGGCAAGACGGAGGUGGAGGUUGGGGUUCAGCACGUGACCUGCGCGGAGGAUGCGGCGGCGUUCGUGGCGUUGGCAGCUGCCUUGGAUCUUAGUAUGGAUGCCUGCCGGCCGUUUUCUCAGAAGCUCCGGAAAGAGUUAAGACAUUCGGAUCAAGAGUCGUGAUAAUCGGGUCCCCGGACAAUUCGUUCGGGUCCAGUUUUAGUCUUACGUUGUAUAUUUUCAAGUACGGUUUGAUUUACAGCCAGUCUUACUGAUUGGUCAAAUUGUUUAUUGCUUAGGCUUAGAUUUGGAGAAGAGAAUUGAUAUGCCCACAGACGAUUUGUUUUUUGUUUCCUUAUUGAUUUUGUCAAGCACUAAUAAACCUCAAUUAUUCUUUAAGGCUAAGUUUUAGAUUCGAA